ACAUCAAAUAGGUAUAUUUUUUAAUUCUAAAUUUGUUUACGAGGUCAUUAAGGUUACGUUACGACUACAAGUCAAUAAAAUUAUCGAAACCCGCAAAUAAUUAAUGAAAACUAAAUUAUAACUCCGCCUAGUGCAAUUAAUUUUCGAUCAUAAGGUUAUCUUGGUUUUGUACCAGUUUAGUAUUCAUUGUGCAUUGUAUUGCGCCAACAGCAUGUUUGUUGUUUUAUUUAUGUCUCUCAUUCUUCUUUGUACUGCAUGUUUCGAAGACAAAAAUGCGGAAUUCCAACAUUUGGUUGUGGACAGAAACAGUGGUCACGUUUUUAUUGGAGCUGUGAAUAAGAUUUAUGAGUUAUCUGAAGAUUUAGCGAUCGAAAAGUGGAUUCCAACCGGACCUCUAAAUAAGACUGAUGAUAAAUUAACUGAUAAUGUUAAUAAAGUGUUGAUUCUUGAUGACUCAGGUCGAUUGAUCACUUGUGGAUCAGCGCUUGGUAUCUGCUCAAUUCGGAACAUAACUAAUAUCUACAUCGGUUGUGAUGUUCCCAUUACCGUUGUUUCUGACGAAGAGAAAGUUUCAACUGUAGCAUUUCUAGCAGCCGGUCCCUUAAGUUCCAAUCGUUCUACACGAAUCCUGUACUUAGCAUCUGAAGUAAAAGACAAUAAAGACAUCCCUUCAAUAACCGGUCGAUUGUUGGAUAAUAGGAAUGAUUUUGAAAUAGCCAAAGUAUUAUCGGAACAUAAUGAAAUCAACCAAGUUAAGGGAGCAGACAUACAUAAUAAUUUCUUGUAUGCAAAAGAUAACAAUGUUAACUAUGUAUAUGGUUUUAGUAGUGGAAUAUACAGUUAUUUUUUGAAGACGCAGAAAAAAGAAGAUGGCGAUUAUCACAGUGUUAUAGCUCGGGUAUGUCAAGAUGACGAAAAUUAUUAUAAUUCGUACACCGAAAUACCCAUAACAUGCAAGAAUACAGAUAAUACUUCUUACAAUCUGGCACAGACAGGGUUUGUUCAGAAAGCUGCUGGUUUUUUAGCCCAGUCUUUGGAAAUAUCUAGCAACGAUGACGUCCUCUACGCCGCAUUUUGCCCUGAUAAUGAAAAAUCGUCAUCUCCUUUAGAAAAGUCAGUGUUAUGUGUUUUUUCCCUUCAGAAUAUCCGUAAAAAGUUUGCCGAAAAUAUUAAAAAAUGCUUUAACGGUAAUGGGAUGAGAAGUAUUGGACUAAAGAAACCAGAAUCGUGUCUUAAAACUGAUUUACAAACAGACUAUGAAGACGUUUGUGGUUUAGGUGUAAAUGUACCGCUUGAUGGUAGAAUUCCCUUAGAAGGAAAUGCCCUAAUAUACUUUGCUGAUAAAGUUUCAGCUUUAAUUGCAACAAAUGUUCGAGAUCACAGUGUUAUUAUUGCUGGCACUGCGAGUGGGCGUUUAAAAAAAGUAAUUGCCGAUAACGCAACUCUUGGUGUCGAAUACCAAGACAUCAUAGUCCACGAAAGUCAUCCCAUUAUGAAAGAUCUUAUCUUCAGUCAUAAUGAUGAGUACUUAUACGCAUUAACCAAAGUUUUUAAGAUACCAAUUCAAGAGUGCAGUGAUUAUAAGUCAUACACAGAAUGCUUUCAGGACAUUUAUUGUGGAUGGUGUUCACCUAAACAAAAGUGUACUAUUGAAUCGGACUGCAAGUAUGCUCAUUAUAAAGACCCACUUUUUUGGAUAUCUUCGGGCAGUAAAUUUCAGGCGGUGAUUACUGAAGUUAAACCUAAUAAUAUAUUUAUUACAUCAGAAACGUUACUGACGGUCAAAAUAGAGAAUGUCGUUAACUUAAUCGAUCAGAUGUUUUGCAAUUUUGUCCUUGAUGGUGUGUCUUAUGUUACAAAUGGAACACAAAUUGAAAAAGGUACUCAGUGUAAAACUCCAAUAUUUAAUUCGAAUAAAACUUAUGGUCGCGGUCUAGAUCCUAUUCCUAUUAAAUUGUUGAUUCAAAAUUCAAUAACAGAACCGGCUUUUGCAGCGACGAUAGUGAAUUUUCUUGAUUGUAACACCUUUACCUCGUGCACUGAAUGUAUAAAAAAAACUGAUUGUAAAUAGUGUUUGAUAGCCAAUCUAUGCACUCGUGAAGUCAAUAAUGAAUGCACGGAAGAUCAUUUGUUUUUGUCCUGCAAUAAUUUCGACAAAUGAUCAAGAAAAGUACGUUCAUUCCGGCGAAACAGUGGGUAUAUAUAUGAAGGUACGUUUAGUGGGUUCUUUUCUCAUACAGUCCAGAUUUAUCUGCAAGUUUCGUGUAGAAAAUGGUGUUGCGUCUAUUUCUUAGAUUGUAUAAUCUAUGGGGGACACGCUAUACUGCGAUCGGGUUAAGUUUGAAUACACAUCGAAUUCUCCAGAAAGAGCCGUGUCCGUCGACGUAAUCUGGGGCGGUUCAAAGCAAUUAGAUAACCCGGGGAAGAAACAUUUCGUUCUGUACAAAUGCGAUAAAAUGGCGAAUAAUCUAGAUACCUGUAAUAAGGUACCGAAACAAUACAACUGUAAAUGGUGUGCGAAAUCCAAUAGUUGUCAGUUUCAAGAUUUUUGUUGAUAUUUUGAUUUUUAUUGAUCUCAUCAUGAAUGUUAUUAUGAACGAAAAUUAUUUAUGGUUUACUUAUACUAUCUUAAUUUCAAUGCGGAAAUAAAAAUCAUUUCAAAUAUGUACCUGAUUUAUUACUAAAAGCAAUAAAUAGAUAAAACGUAGAAUUUAUUAAUAAAAUUAACAAAAAGAACUAACAUUACACAUAUUACAUUUGGCAUCACAGUACUUCGAACAAUACAAAACAGUAUGUAGAUAUUUUCAAAGCGUCAUUACGUCUAAGUGAUUUCAGAUUAUAAAAGGUAACAAAAUAAACAUAUCAAACUAUUCUGACGUCAGAAGAAAUUCUUAGAAAUGCAGUGAGACUAUGUUGAAGGCAAACAAUAUACCAGUUUAUGAGCUUUUAAACACAAAAGUGUCCUUAAAAGCAGUCUAAAGCUUAUUCUUCGUAAAACCGAAAAGUAGAAAACAAACAAAAUUAAACCUUCAUGAUGUACAGUUAGAGACAUUUGAGAACCCAAUAAAAUAUUUUAUAUCAGUUAUAUGUUUUUGGAAAUAUCUUCAAUGUACAGAGAAACCUGACCCUAUAAUGUGGAUUGUAUGAAUCCUAUGUUGAUAGAGAGAUUCCUGUUCUCAUUUCCGCGGGAGAUGUCCCGGUUUUGGAAAUACAUUACUCCUUCGUGUUGUUUACUUUAUUUAAUUUAAUUAAAGAAAGUAUAUCUUUUCGAUUCCAGCGCCCAUCACAAAUUUAUCUUCAACCAAAUGUUAUUAAAUACAAUAAAUCCAAGUAAGUGAAAAUGAAUUUCAAUCAAUCAAUCUUGAAUUAAUUUUCGUCAUUAAUCUUCAAUUAAAUAUUAUCAAAUAUAAAAAAAACUAAUAAUAGUUAGCGAAAAUGAAUUUUGCUUUUAUUACGCAGGUAAUAACGUAAUACGCACAUUUUAGGGAAAAUAUCUACAAACCAAUUUAACACAUUCAUAAUUGCAAAAACUUCACAGUGUUAAAAAUUUGAGUGUCACUAAAUACACCAUACAAGGAAGAGUGUAGAUGAAUUACAACAUUUAUCUAAUAAUUAGCAUUAGAUUUCCAAAUAUUCCACAGAUAAACAACAAACAAUUACGAAAUAUGUAAAAUAUUGAAAAUUCUGAAUUUUAUAAAUCUACAUUAUCAUGUUAUUUUAUCAACAUUUUUGUCUUUGACAUCUGUUAAUAUUUGAGACCUGGACAUGUUAGUUUAAGUUAGUUGUCCAUAUCUUUUAACACAUCCGAAAACUUCAAAUUGACGAAUCAAUUAGUUUUAAUAACUAAUUUUCAAGAAACGGUGGGAGUAUAAUAAUUAAAAUUGUACUUAUAAUAUUUAUGAACUUUUGAAAGCACCUUUCAUGUAAUACAAAAUUUAGUUAGAACUUAUAAGAAUUCGAUUAGAUCGCAAUCAUAUAGACAGUUAAUUUGGAUAAUUUAAUUCGGUUAAAACAACCGAUCUGCUAUGACAUCAAUUUCUUUCUUCAGACAAACCACAUUUUAACCUUUAAAAAAACACGUAGGGUUUACAAGAUCAAUUAUGAAUUCACUCUGAUGUGAUUUGAACAGUAUUAAAAUUUAACACAGGUUCUUCGUUCAAAAUGCACCACCAAAUAUUACGAGACGUAAUCGCAUAUUCAUCACUUAAACUAGAACGUUCUAAGCAAGACGAAUAAUAUAUUAAAAACUAAAUCACGUUUCUUGAAGAUGCGUUGAUUUCAAAAUUUACGCCGCAGUUUCGAGAAGAAGCUGUAAAUAAAUGGAUAACAAAAAGCAACGAUUAUAAGGGGAGAAGAACCAAAAAGGACAAAAAAGUAUAAUUUAAGUUACAAAUACAAAAAAAAAAAAAAAACAUACAAUAAAACAUUUAAAUUAAAAUGUGCAAUUAAUAAACUUACCUUAAAUGAAAUGUGCUAUUUUGUGCGAACUUUGAUUCGUGUGUCGGUCGGCCAAGACUGCAUCAAAUUGCAAGACAGUACUUUUUUUUUAUUUAUUGCUAUGAUCGGUGGACGAUCUCACAGCCCACCUGGUGUUAAGUGGUUACUGGAGCCCAUAGACAUCCACAACGUCAAUGCGCCACCCACCUUGAGAUACAAGUUCUAAGGUCUCAAGUAUACUUAACUCUUAAUUGGGAAAAUUACAUCAUUGGAUUGUACAAUACAUUUUUGAUUCAUAGAGUUCUUUUAGUUUUAUUAUUAAUUUAAUUCAUUUGUUUCAUACGUCAAUGAUUGUACUCUUGUACUCCGAUAGAUAAGCAGUUAAGCAUAACAGGUUUAAUGAAACUCAAAAUUAAAAGCAUCCAAUUAAUUUUUGCUAAAAAUCAACCAAUUUUAAGCACUGCUUUCAUAAGCUUCAGCGGUAGGCAGCGGCUCGGCUCUGCCCCUGGCAUUGCUGAAGUCCAUGGGCGACGGUAACCACUCACCAGCAGGUGGGCCGUAUGCUCGUUUGCCUACAAGGGCAAUAAAAAAAGAAGCUUUAAGAUGGUUUCACGGCAGUUUACAUAUACAAGAUUGUCUUGUUAAGCAUUCUGAAGCAGCCCUAACCAGAUGUUAAUGCAGAACGCAUGGAAGUGACAAGUGAAUUGACGUGCCAGGUGAAGAAAAUUAACAUGCGGCUUAUGAUGUAAUGACUCGUUUACAAUUUUUUUUAUUAAAGUUUAAUUUAUACAAUACUCGCUGAUUUUAUUUCGAUUUGGUAAUGUGCUCCAAGUUGUAUUAUUAUAUUAGAGGCAAAAAGCUGCACAACUCCGAAAAGAUUCACAUCCAAAACUACUUUAUAUUGCAAAACAUUGGCAAAGAAAAAUAAAAUAAAAACGCAAAAUAUUUCGAGAACUUUCUCAUAUAAUAUCUUACAUUUGAUAACUUACAGAGAGACUUCACAAGCAACAAAGCGCCGUGUUAAAUAAAAUAUAUUUAUUUAUAUAUCAGUAGUUCACAUUAAACUAAUCAACUUUUUUUUUUGUAUCGAUACUUUUAAUCGAUGUUAUGAUUGCACAUCUCUAAAGUAAAUUAGUUUAAUGUGAAUCGGAAAUGCUUCUCAACGAUCUAUAAAGAGUUUGCCGCCUUUGUGACAUGAAUCAAGAAUCAAGCAAUCAAAUAAAAUAUAUUCGCAUUCGAUUAUAAGGUACAAUAAAUAUGCUAGCAGAUCUAUGUGAUAAGACAUUUAAAAUUCCAAACAGCUUUAGCCUAAACUAUUCCAAGCAAAUUAUAAACAUCGAUUACGUAAAAAAUAGUAAUAAUAUCGAUUAAUAUAUAUUUUUCGUAAAUGUCAAAAUGCUUUUGUUUGAUUUUUAAUUAACAUCUCGUUAAAUUCUAUGAGAAUUGAAUUAUACACAAUCAUCUUUACGAGGCAAGAUUAAAGACAAAUAAUUAACUUCGUUAAAAUAUCUCGUAUAAAUUAUAACAAUGUAUAUAAAAUCUCGCUGAUUUAAAAUUUAAAAAAGAAAA